UCAUCACUAUAAUUUUGCUGGGACAAUUAAGCAGUGGGAUCGUCUACCACUUGUAUUUGCUUAAAUCUGUGGUGUAGAAGUUUACACACCAGCCAACUAGCCUGUCUCUUUAACAUAUCCAGAAUUAUGGCCCAAACUAACGUCGUGCCUCUCCUUGGCACAAAUCAUGCACCGACAGAAGAGGAACGACGUGUCAUCGAGCAAUCCUUAGAAGACCACGAGUCGGAACUCGAACAUCUCUUGGAUGAGAUCCAAGAGCUGCAACAGACUAUACACGCGAGACAGCGCGCAGUUGAAAAAAUUCGGGAUACCAUCGAUGCACACUAUAUGCUCCUGCGGCAUAGCCCAAUGAGGACUCUUCCCCCAGAGAUUCUGGGGGAGAUUUUUCAGGCAUAUUGCGAUCUCCAUCCCGUCCCAGAUUUUUCCAACUGGGAUUAUCGGCGUCGCAAUACUCUCAUGAAGUCUCGCAUGGAGCUGCUUCACGUUUGCCGCAGAUGGCGAACUAUCGCAUUAUCUAUGCCUCGCGUUUGGUCCGCCUUCCCCUUGUUCGCUCGUCAAAGUCCGCUGAGUAACCCAAACUUUGACAAGGAGAUGGUGAACUUGUGGCUCAUGUCGUCAGGCCGGGUGCCUUUGGAUAUAUAUGCUUCAUAUCAUGAAGAUAGUCCUGAUUACACAGCAACCCACCUUAUAUCCCAGAUCCACCGAUGCCGUAGGCUCAACCUGGAGUUUCAAUUCCAUCAUAAUAGACUGGGAUCAAUCACCUGGCUCUCCCUUCCCAUCGCGCCCAUGCUCACGACCCUCUGCUUUCAUUCAGACCGUUGGGCUGAUGCCAGCAUGAUAACCUGGGCCUCCCAGCUCUUCCCCACGCUUCCAAAUCUCAGGGAUCUCGACUUUAAUGGGCCUGCGUCGGUCCUUAACACGGCGUCAUUGGGCUCUUUAAGGAUCCUGCGUUGUACACUGAUGAACCCUGAACAGUUUGUAGGUGCUCUCAAAGGGCUUCCUCUUCUUGAAGAGAUGCAUGUCGGCCAUAUGCCCGACGCCACCGCCCCAACGAGUUGUACUAUUCACAAGACUUUGAAGGUUCUUGACAUGCGCUGGGAUCCUUCCGAGCUUGAUGCCAUCCCAAACCUGCUCCGUCAAUUGACCUUACCCGCGUUAGAGAGCUUGGAAAUACAUGAUCACUUCGUACCUCCAAAAGAUAUCAUGGAUUUUCUCACGCGCUCCGCUUGUUCCCUGAUCACCCUCCGCAUGGCUCCCAAUACCAACAAAAGGCACCGCUCCGAUAACAGGGAACAUGCUAUACUUCCAUGCUUACAGAUGGAACAGAAUCAGUCAUUGAGGCGCCUCUUUAUCCAUGCUCCGAACGAUUCCAUGACAGUGUAUAUCAAAGGGUUGUCGCCCGAGAUCCUUGAAUAUCUAAAAGGUCCAGGUCUUCCUCAUCUCACAGAAAUCGGUUUUACCACCUCCACGGAGAAUAUAUCUGUGGUCAAGGAGGUGAUUAAGCGCAGGGAGGCAAUGUAUAAGGACAACUUGGUGAAGUCUAUGUUGUCACGAGUAGAGAUUGUCCUGUCCUCUGCUGAUCAAUGGUUCUCUGGUAAGGUCAAGAAGGAUGACAUAAAACGCGCAUCCGAAUCCUUAAAGAAUCUGGGCGUGUUUGUCGACCUUAAGUCUUGUGAAGCCCUUUUCUAAACUUUACUCACUAGUGUUGCACUUCCUCCCGACAUACUCACCAUCCCAUUCGAUCCAAUACAUCAUCCCGUCAUUAUACCACCUUUCUGUUACGUGGAAUAAAAUUUCGGACAAAUUUUUCAGUGGACGAGUGAAACGACGUAUGUUAACGGAGCGCCAAUCUGGCCCCCACUGAUGCUACCGUGUCAAGGAUUCGGGCCACCUCUUCAUCAUACGAUUGUUCCUCUAAUUCCGUUGCUUUUUUCGCUGUCACGCCAUUAUUACGAGCAGCGACAUCCCGAGAACGCUUAUCCCCCAGAUUGUGUAAUACAAUCGAGCUCAAGUACUGGGCAUCUGACGCUUCUCGGUACAUCUCUAAAGCGCUAAAAUCAGCCUCAGCCACUCGGAGAUACGUGUUUGCUUCACGGAGGCUUUGUUCUAGCGCACAAUAUUAGUAACGGAAAGCAUACGAUGUGAGCCAGCACAAACCAGUAGCCCCCUCGGCGGCUAUAAUA